UUUAAUAGGAGCUGAACAAUCAGAGGCGAUGAACGUAAUGCAAAGAUGCUAUCAGAGUGGAUUUUUGUUCUCUGCUGCCUUAUAAGUCUAAGACAGGGACUAGGAGCCCAGUUUUUGGAACCUAAUUGCGGAAUCCCCUCGUCGACAAGUAGAAUUCAUGGAGGUCAAAAUGCAAAAAUCGGCGCGAAUCCGUGGAUGGCGUAUCUGAAAAUUAACUCGACUCUAGCUUGUGCCGGCACGUUAAUCACCAAAAGGUUUGUGCUGACUGCAGCGCACUGCCUGAAAUUCCGCAAUAUAGAAAUCGUUUACCUUGGGGUAUACGAUACAAUGGCAUUGAAAGAUAGCAGAGAGCGUGUUUGCAUAGCUCCGUGCGAGGAGUACGGUGUUGACUUGAUCUUGAAACAUAAAUUGUAUGGCGAAGAACCAGGCGAAAGCUACGACAUAGGUUUGCUUAAACUUAACAGAAUUGUCGAAUAUAAAGUUUACAUUAGAGCGGUUUGCCUGCUCCUGAAUCCCGCCCAUGCCGCCGAAAGUCCCACCUUCGAGGUCACGGGCUGGGGCAAAACCGACCGCACGAAUUACCCCACUGUCCUGCAGACAAUAAUCCUUUCCAGGCUCGACCCAGGCGAGUGCGAGCGGUACUUAGAGACUCCUGUGGAAUGGGGUCAGAUAUGUGCGGGUCGGACGAAUGGGGACACGUGCAAUGGUGACUCUGGCGGUCCACUAGUGCACAAAAUGUCAAAAGGUGAAAUCACCCGCACCAUUCAGUUCGGAAUCGUGAGCUUUGGCCACUACGAGUGUCGAGGCCCAGCCGUCUACACAGAUGUCCUAGCCCUAACAAAGUGGAUCCUGGGUGUCAUUCGCUGGUAUGGAAACUAAGCAGUGUGAUUCUAAAAGUCUUAUCUAUCUUGGGAAAUACACAAUUCUUGGGAACUAACGACCUCUGUCAUUCAUUAAGCUUUAAAAUGACACGAAAACAUUAUUUCGUUGCUUUAUACUGAUAACCUAGACAUUGAAAUAUUUUUAUUUUAAAAAUCAAUUACGUAAAUUCCCAAAUUCAACUGUUGUUGCUUGAUUUUAUUAAGAGGAUCUUAUAAUGAGAAAAGAAAUCUAUUUAUAUAUCUAAAUGCCUAUUUUUGCAUUCUAAAUUUUAAUGAUUUUUUUGGUGACAUAAAUUGUAAUGUUCAAAACUCAAUUUAGUUGUGCAUACAGAAACACUUUAAAGUUCUUAAAAUGAACGGACUUUUACUGAUUAUAAUUACGAUUUGAACCCAAAUUGAAAUGGAUUUUUGUUAAAAAAAAAUAAAAAACGAAAUAAUUUAAUAAAAUCCUAAUAGAAUGAAGUGAAAAUUAAACUCUUAACUGUUUAAGAAACCCUUACUC